GGUUAGAGAGAAGCGAGCUUCUCUGUGUGACCAGCAGCUUGGGAUUGGCGGAGGGAAACGGGACAGGCCCUGGGAGGAGUCAAGGAGCUCCAGGAACAAGGCAAUGAGGUCUCGGUCUGAGACUUGUGUCCUCAAGUCACAGAGCAGAGGGUGCACAGGCUGUGCCAGCAGCGAAUGUUUGCCCUGAAUGCACACCAAGGGCCCCACUUGGCAUAGGACACGUGGAACUCCAGAGAGUCUGGCCUCACCUCCUGUUAGUCCUGCAGAAUCGACCUCUGCUGGCCGGCUAUACCCUGAGGUGCUCUCUCACUUCCUCCUUUAGGUUCUCAGGGGAUAGGCCAACCCGGAGGACAGGAUUCCCUGGAGAUCACAGAGGAGCACCAAGGAGAAGAUCUGCCUGUGGGUCCCCAUUGCCCAGCUUUUGCCUGUACUCCCACCUGCUGCCCUGACCAGAGUCGUCAUGUCUCUUGAGCAGAAGAGUCAGCACUGCAAGCCUGAGGAAGGUGUUGAGGCCCAAGAAGAGGCCCUGGGCCUGGUGGGUGCGCAGGCUCCUGCUACUGAGGAGCAGGAGGCUGCUGCCUCCUCCUCCUCUCCUCUGGUCCCUGGCACCCUGGAGGAAGUGCCUGCUGCUGGGUCAACAGGUCCUCCCCAGAGUCCUCAGGGAGCCUCCGCCUUACCCACUACCGUCAACUUCACUUGCUGGAGGCAACCCAAUGAGGGUUCCAGCAGCCAAGAAGAGGAGGGGCUAAGCACCUCUCCUGACCCAGAGUCCUUGUUCCGAGAAGCACUCAGUAAGAAGGUGGAUGAGUUGGUUCAUUUUCUUCUCCUCAAGUAUCGAGCCAAGGAGCUGGUCACAAAGGCAGAAAUGCUGGAGAGAGUCAUCAAAAAUUACAAGCACUGCUUUCCUGUGAUCUUCGGCAAAGCCGCCGAGUCCCUGAAGAUGAUCUUUGGCAUUGACGUGAAGGAAGUGGACCCCACCAGCAACACCUACACCCUUGUCACCUGCCUGGGCCUCUCCUACGAUGGCCUGCUGGGUGGUAAUAUCUUUCCCAAGACAGGCCUCUUGAUAAUCGUCCUGGGCACUAUCGCAAUGGAGGGCGACUCCGCAUCUGAGGAGGAAAUCUGGGAGGAGCUGAGUGUGAUGGAUGUGUAUGAUGGGAGGGAGCACAUUGUCUAUGGGGAGCCCAGGAAACUGCUCACCCAAGAGUGGGUGCAGGAGAACUACCUGGAGUACCGGAAGGUACCCGGCAGUGAUCCUGCACGCUACGAGUUCCUGUGGGGUCCAAGGGCCCUGGCUGAAACCAGCUAUGUGAAGGUCCUGGAGCAUGUGGUCAGGGUCAAUGCAAGAGUUCGCAUUUCCUACCCAUCCCUGCGUGAAGCAGCUUUGAGAGAGGAGGAAGAGGGAGUCUGAGCAUGAGUUGCAGCCAGGGCCCGGGGCGGGGGUAGGGGGGUGGGUGGCGGCUGGGCUGGGCCAGUCAUCUGAUGGCCCUGUGCAGCAGCUUCCCCUGCCUUGUGUAGCAUGAGGCCCAUUCUUCACUGUUUGAAGAGAGUAGUCAGCAUUCUUAGUAGUGGGUUUCUGUUUUAUUGGGUGACUUGGAGAUUUAUCUCUGUUUCCUUUUAUAAUUGUUCAAAUGUUCCUUUUAAUGGAUGGUUGAAUGAACUUCAGCAUCCAAGUUUAUGAGUCGUAGUCACAUAUAUUGCUGUUUAUAUAGUUUAGGUGUAAAAGUCUUGUUUUUUAUUCAGGUUGGGAAAUCCAUUCUAUUUUGUGAAUUGGGACAUAAUAACAGCAGUGGAGUAAGUAUUUAGAAAUGUGAAUUCACCGUAAGAUAUGUGAGAUAAAGAAAUUAAAAAAUACUUAAUUCCUGCCUUAUACAUACUCAGUCUACUCUGUAAAAUUUAAAAAAUAUAUAUGCAUACUUGGAUUUCCUUGGCUUCUUCGUGAAUGUAAGAAAAAUUAAAUCUGAAUAAAUAAUUCUCUGUGUU